AAACAUAGUAUAAAUAGCACAAUGACGGCUCACAUUCAAUAACAUGCUGGACCUAGUACCUAUUAUUUUGCUCUGUAUUUGUAGACUCGCUACCGACUGAACACACCAGACUCGAUACAUUCUUUUUUUAAAGUAGAGAAUACCUGCAAGAUCACAAGAUCGAGCAUUUCACCAAUAGAUAUAUGUCACCCGUUGGCGCACAAAUCUACUAAAAGUUUCAAAUACUCUGUGUGUUCAAUUGUUAACAAAACUAAAGUUAGAACCCAAGAGUGGCACCAAGCUGUAGUCUGGAUGUUUAUCUACAAACAGUUUCAGGUAUGCAAAAAAUGCAGAGGUACCCCAAUACAGAACUUUUAUGUAAGAUUUCGUCGGAUAUGCGGAAUAACUAUAUUUGUCACCGUUUGUCAUUUGGUAUAGUUUUCAGCUUUGGCAUACUUUUGUUUGGUAACUAUGCUUACUGGAAAAUCCCUCUCAGAUACGGAAGCCCAUCGAAGCAUUUAAGUCAUGCAAAAUUAAAAGUUUCGUGUCCAGAAGUCCAGUUCAGUGUUACACAUAGGCCCUUGACAGCACUUGCAAGUUUUCCAGGUUCUGGUAAUACCUGGGCUAGGCAUCUGAUUGAACAAUCAACAGGUAUUGCAACAGGCAGUAUAUAUUGCAGUGAUACUAUCAAGAAAGAUUUUAUUGGUGAAUGUUCAGUGAGUUCAAAUGUCGCGGUUAUAAAAACCCAUGUUGCAUGGGCAAAUACAGUUCGUAUGAGAUAUAAGAAAUCCGUACUUCUUAUAAGGAAUCCGUAUGAUGCAAUUAUUGCUGAAUUUAACAGAGUGUUUGCCAAUAAAACUACGUCCGCAACAGAGCAACAGUUUGCAGAAAAAUUUGAACCUUUUGCAUUGAAGAAAAUUGAUAAAUGGAAGAAAUGUUAUAAUUCCUGGAUGAAGUUUAGUGGCCAAAAAUAUAUCUUUAUUUACGAGGAAAUGAAGAAAGAUCCUGUUAGUCAGAUAGGAAAAUUAUUAGACUUUCUUAACAUUUCAAAACAAAUUAGAACUUUUCCAUGUAUGCAGCAGAAUAUUGCCGGAAGAUACCGCAGACACCAUAGUUACAUAAACUUUAACCCCAAAAUGUUUUACACAAAAAUAUUAAAGGUAAAACUAAAUGCGGCUAUUGAACAAAUAGAAAAACAUUACGGAGAACUAAACUAUUCUAUAAAUAAUGAAAUGAUGAAUGAAAAACAAUAAAAUUUUCGAAAAAUAAUUGAAAAACAAAGUUUUAGCUGCUAUCAAUAUAUUUGUAGCAACUAGUAUAUAGCUACACGUCCAAUAGUCAAAAUCUACGUAGCACUACGUAGCUGCUACGAUAUUGAACUCAACCCUGCUUUCAUUUUUAGCUCACCUGGCGUCAGUCGUCCGUCGAUACAGAUCAUUUAACCAAAGGUUUAACAUCUGACGUGAAUAUAUAGCUCAUAUUGGUUUCCCUAUCCUUGUAAGCAAAACUAGGACA